CUAAGGUCUAAGGUACAAACAUCGUGAUGCUCUUUUCUCUCUAUUUAUCUGCCUAUGAAACUGUGUGUGUCUGUGUGUUUAUUUGUUUGCGUAUGCUUUUGUAGCGCUACAGCUUGACAUAUCUAAUAUCUUUUAGACAAAAAGCAUUUGGAUUUUCCGGCGCUGUUGUUCAUAAUUUAUCGUUCUUAAGAAAGCUUUUUGGAUCAUGAGGCCUCUAUAUUGUGGGAAUCUGGAAUUUGAUGCUCGUGAAUCUGAUAUUGAACGCCUCUUCAGAAGAUAUGGGAGGGUUGAGAGGGUGGAUUUAAAAACAGGCUUUGCUUUCAUCUACAUGGAAGAUGAACGUGGUGCGGAGGAUGCUAUCAGGAAACUCGACCAGAUACAAUUUGGUAGAAAAGGACGCCGACUUCGUAUCGAGUGGAGUAAGCAAGAACGUGAGCAUGGUGGGAGAAGGCCUGACAGCUCCAAAAGAUUCUCCACCAACUCAAGGCCUUCGAGAACUCUGUUUGUUAUCCACUUUGACCCUGACUACACGAGCACCAUAGACAUCCAAAGGCAUUUCGAACAGUAUGGGAAAAUAUUAAAUGUCAGGAUCAAAAAGAAUUUCGCAUUUGUGCAGUUUGAGUUGCAGGAAGAUGCCACCCGUGCUUUAGAAGCCACUAACAUGAGUAAGUUGAUGGAUCAAGUUAUUUUGGUGGAGUAUGCAAAAUGGGAUGACGAUGGCAAUAAAAAUGGUUAUAGCCCUGAAAGAAGAGGCCGAGAUUCGUCCCCCGACCAGAGAAAUUACGGUACGAGACGCUCCCCGAGCCCAUACCGUGGGGAUGCGGGCCCAGUUUCUAGAUCCGAACAUAAGGAUAGCCGUGAUUAUGCUGGGCCUGAAAGCCCAACUGCCAACCAGAGACACAAGAGCUGGGCUGUGUUUUCUGUGUUUGAUGAAUCUUCUGGGUGUUGA